GGCGGAGGGCCAUGGCCCGUGACCGUGAGGGGGGGCGUGCGGGCAGAAGAUCUCGAGAUUCCGUUCCCGGAGAGAAGGGCGGGGAGGCGAGAUGAACUCAUCGUCGGGCGAAGGGAGGCACGAUGACGACUCCGCUCUCACGGAAUUCCUCGCUUCCCUCAUGGACUACACCCCCACCAUUCCGGACGAGCUGGUGGAGCACUACCUCUCCAGGAGUGGCUUCCACUGCCCCGACUUACGACUAACAAGGCUGGUAGCUGUAGCUGCUCAAAAGUUCAUUUCGGAGGUUGCAAGUGAUGCUCUUCAGAGUCAUACGACUUUUAAUGAGCUUGGAUGGCUAAGAUUAGAUGGGGGUUACUUGUCAUCAAGGGCUGGGAUUAGAGAGCUGCGGUGUCCCGGCUUAAAUUGUCUUUUAGACUCAAAGCAUUGCAAGGCAAGGCCAGCACCACCAGUUAAGGAUAAGAGCAAGCAACCUAAGGAUAAGCGUCUUGUCUUGACAAUGGAGGAUCUGUCGAAAGCCCUGCAUAAGCAUGGUGUAAACUUGAAACACCAAGAGUAUUUUGCUGACAGCCCCUUGACUGGAAUGGAUCCUUCGUCGAGAGAAGAAUAGUUAAUGAUGGAUGAUGCCUCUGAGUUCCUAGGGACCCAACCCAUUGGAGAGGCUGAAGGCCAUUUACUUGGGCAGUUAGAGGCUAUGUUUGGUGUCAUUGAUGUAUUAUUAUUUUUGAUUGAUCGCUACUAUCAUUAUUAGUUUCCCCGAUCAUAUCAUAUGCGACGAGAUUCAGCUAGCAUAAUUUGUGGAGUCACUUUGUGUCAAGGCCAGACAUUAGCGGUAGAAGCUACGUGCCAACUCUAUUUGCUUUGUCCUGUUUUUGGGCUUUCUGAAGACAUCGAUGUAUGUUUCACCUGAUUUAUUCCAUGGUUCUGUUUUUCAAUAAUCUCAUUGCAUCAGCAGUUCCUCA